AUGGCGACCACAACCACGACGGUAGUGACGAGAAGUCGCAAGGCAAACGGAGAGGCUAAACUGGCACCUACCAAGCUCGCCGACGGCCCCCAAUACCCCGAUAUCCAGACCAUCCGCGAUGCGAUCCCCGCCCACUGCUUCGUCCCCUCCACUUGGCAGUCCAUGGGCUAUGUCGUCCGCGACGUGGCCAUGGCAGCGGCCCUCGGCUGGGCCGCGCUGACCUUCAUCCCCCAGAUCGAGAGCUCUCUCUGGCGCACGGCGGCCUGGAUCGCCUACGGCUAUGUCCAAGGCUUGGUCUGCACCGGCAUUUGGAUCCUGGCACACGAGGCCGGCCACGGGGCCUUCUCGGUCCACCGGCGGCUGAACGACGUCGUGGGCUGGACGCUGCACUCGGCGCUGAUGGUGCCGUACUUCAGCUGGAAGUUCUCGCACCACCGCCACCAUCGGUUCACGGGACACAUGGAGAAGGACAUGGCUUUUGUGCCGCACACCAAGGCGGACCGCGAGAAGCGGAGGCUCGCGGAUCUGUAUCUCGACCGGGAGCUGUUCGAGGACGUGCCCGUUGUGCAACUGGCCAAGCUGCUGUUGCACCAGCUUGCUGGCUGGCAGAUGUACCUGCUGUUCAAUGUCUCCGCGGGCCGCGACAGCCAGCAGCGUGAGGCUAGCUGGUGGCGCGUGAGCCACUUUGAGCCUACCAGCGCUGUCUUCCGCCCGAGCGAGGCUGUCUACAUCGCGCUGUCGGACCUUGGCCUCGCCAUCGUCGGCGGUCUUCUCUACCUCGCGUCGACCGUCGUUGGAUGGAAGAUGGUGUUCUUGGUGUAUGGCGUACCGUACUUCUGGGUCCAUCAUUGGCUGAUUGCCAUCACCUACCUGCACCACACCCACCCUGAGGUCCACCACUUCGAGGCCGAUAGCUGGACCUUCGUCAAGGGCGCUCUGGCCACCGUUGACCGCGAUUUCGGCUUUGUUGGCAAGCACAUCUUCCACGGCAUCAUCGAUACGCACGUUGUCCACCAUCUCUUCCCGAGAAUUCCCUUCUACAAGGCCGAGGAGGCGACCGAGGCGAUCAAGCCGCUGCUCGGCGACCUGUACCACCGCGAUGAUCGCUCCUUCAUCGGCCAGCUGUGGUCCACCUUUACGCAGUGCAAGUACGUGGAAAGCGACCCCGCGGCGCCUGGUGCGCUGAAGUGGGCUGAGAACAGGAAGUGA